UUGAAGGUAAAGGACCAAAAAAACCAAAAGUUGUAAGUGAAAACGCAACAACCCGCAAUAAAUUACUUGGGACAUUAUUUGCUUUUCGUUUGUGCCAGCUUGCAAUUACCAAAUGGCUGAAGUGGAGCGUUACUUUGAAGAUUUCGUCAAUCUUCCGUGUGUGCUGUUGAAAACAUUGGGCUAUGAUUUUCUGGAAAUAUCCCGUCCAUGGUUGGCAAGGUGGCUAAUGAAGCUGUACUUUUUUCUGACCUUGAUCUGCUGUUUGUAUUGCACCUACUUUGUGACGGAUGAAAUUUUUGCGGACAUUGUGUCCGGAGCCAACAAUUUGCCACUGCUUCUGCGUCUUAUCAACGAUUUCAAUUACAAUGCCAUUGGAAUACUGAAAAGUUUCUAUUUCUUUCGCAAUAUAAAAUCAAAGAAGGAACUUUUUCGAAAAUUUCGUGAAAUUUUCCCCACAUCCAUUGAGGAUCGUUUUGCCUAUCGCGUAAAUGAGAGCUAUUGGCCGAGAUGGAUUACAACGACUCUGUAUUUGUAUUUUUGUGCCACGGCUUUGAUACUCUUUUCACCCUUGGCCGAAUCUAUAAUUGAAUAUUUUGUGGAUCUGAUAAAGGUGGGUUAUGCUGAUGCCGAAUUCACCUAUCAUAAAUUGUACGAGGAACAAUCGUAUGUCGUUGACCAUCGGAAUCCUUUGGGCUAUAUGGUGAUUUAUUCAAUGGAAGUUAUGAACAGUCAUUAUGCCAUUGUAUUCAAUAUUUGUCCCGAUAUUUGGUUAAUUGCCUAUGCCAUACAGCUGUGCAUGCAUUUCGAUUACAUAUCGAGGAAUUUGGAGUCAUAUGAACCCAUGGAAAAGAGACAACAAAAAGAUUUAAAGGUCAUGGCAGAAUUGGUGAGAAAACAUCAAAUUUUAUUGGAACUGGCGGAUGACCUAAAGGAAAUCUUUAGUCUACUUGUUCUGGUCAUGCUGUUCUCAACAGUAGCUACACUUUUCUGUGCAGCGGUGUAUGUCCUCACUCAAGGUAUAAAUAAAAAUGUUCUGGGAUAUAUGGCUUUUUUGCCCACCAGUUUGGGUCAAUAUUUUAUGGUUUGCUAUUAUGGUCAACUUAUAAUCAAUAAGAGCCUACAAAUUGGCGAGGCGGCCUACAGUCAAACCUGGUACAAUGGUUGCCAAAGCUACAAGAAAUCCAUUUUGGCAAUAUUGGGACGAGCUCAACGUCAGUGCGAAAUAAAUGCGGGAGGCUUUCAAACCACAAACCUUAAGGGUUUCGAAUCGGUCAUGCGUAUGACUUUUCAGUUGUUUACCCUAUGGCGUACCAUGAUGGAACCAAAAUAAUUUGUUUAACAGAUCAAGCAAUUAGUGUCAUGAAAGAAUAAGGUGAUUAGUAACAGUUGAAAUCCUAAUAGAAUGCAUCACUCAUUCUACCUAUAGUUUUUAGCAAGUUAGUAGAGAGCAAAAUAAAUAAAUAAUAAUGCUAAUAUAAAUUUAUUUAUUUGAAUUCAAAGAUCGGUAUUUUCUAUAGGACAUAGCGAAAUGUAUAACCUUUAUUUAAAGUCAGCAACAUUUAUAUACCAAGAAAACGUCAAAAGAGGUGAUGAUUGGCUAUAACCCCCAAACUUUUUUUGUUU